AUGGAGCUCGAGAUCCAUGUGCGCCGAGCGCGGAACUUGACGUUCGCAGCGUCCUCGAUCGACCCGGCGGCGCUGGAGCUGCGCAUCCAAUGCUCUAUCAACGGCGACCUCCGGAGCAGCGGCAGCGGCAAGCGGUCCUCGUCCAAGGGCUUUGACGGCUACGUCUGGCGCGGCGACGCCGGCGUGUUGCGGUGGCACCUCUCGCUCGCCGACUUUCGCCGCCUCAAGAGCAUGCGCCCAACCGUCAAGAUCUACAUUUUUGGCAUUGGCGCCCAGGUGCACACGCUUGGCUGGUUCUUCCUCGACUUGCGGACGCCCGACACGGCGCUGCGCUGGGUCAAAAUUCUCAACUCCAAGCACCACGGCGAAGUGUACGUCAAGAGUCAAAUCGCCAAGGCGACCGCGGUACCCGCGCCGGCGACGCCGCAGGCCCUCCCUGCCACGACCACCACGACCACCACGGCCACGACCGCCGAGCACAUGGCGCCCGAGUCGCCCGAGUGCCUAGUCGUCGGACCUAUCGAGACAGCGACCGAUCUCUUCCUCCUCACCAUCACCUUGGUCAAUGCGCGCGAGAUGACGGCCAUGAUCACCAAACUGCUUCAGAAAUCGUCGCCGACUGAGAUCGCCGCCAUCAAGAGCGCGGGCUUCUGGCUGGCGUACUCGCUCUUCGACGUGCUCGUACAAAGCGAUGCGUUCACGUCGCUCGAGUCGGCCGACUUUGGUCUCAUCCGCGGCGUCUUUCGACUCCAGAGCUCGCUAACCUAUCUGCGCGAACACACGCUGGCGACUCCUUUGCCUCUCUUCCUCUGCACGGUCGACCGCAUCCUCGGGCGUGUUGAAGUGCCAUUACGAGCGCUCGCCGAGCUCGACUUGCCCGCGCACGCUGAAGGCAGCUACCCCUUUGAGCCCUCCCACGCGACCAAAGAACCCGCACCCGAGUCCGAAGCCUCUGUCGCAGUCGAGCCGACGCCAAGCGCCUUCUACGGCAGCAUCGACUAUAUCGAGCUCCCUUAUCGACAGCAUCUGGACGCGGACGGCGGCAUCAUGGAACUCACCACAUCGAGCUCGGACGAAAGCCUUCGCGCCCCGAUGGUCGUGGCGGAGCAUCGAGACGCUGUGCUCAUGUGGACGGACGGGCUCUGUUGGCUCUCGCCCACGGCCCGUGACGACGUCACUGUCACCGUCGGUGAGAUGCAAUUGCACGCGACGCUGCUGCACGAUGUGCACUCGGCUGCGCUCUACGAAGACGAUGGCCGCGCGGUGGGCACCAUCUUUUACAGCUACACCUCCGAGAGGCCGCCGCCAGCGACGCUUCGGCGCCCCGGAUCGCCACAGGUGCUCGUGCUCCAGGUUCUCUCGAUCAAAGCCGGUAGUCACUUUGACGCGUCCAGUACCCCGGUGCACGUCGCGUUUGAAGCGCCGCUCGUCGAGACCAAGGACGGCCCUCGCUUGUCGACAUCUCGCGUCUCGCUUCGCGCGAAAGAGGACGUUGACGUUGAGGCGGCCAAGACGGUGUUUUGCCACGUGCAAGCGUCGCAGCUUCAACGACCGUGGCAACUGCAUCUCGAGACCGCCGCCCGCGACAGCAUCGCCGUCGCGACGCUCAGCCUUGCGUACCUCGGCAUGCUCAAGCAGAGCCAGCGCUGCGACCUCUGCGGCGACGUUCGUGCAGAAAACACCGACCACCGCCACGACGACGAGCCACCGAGCGUGACAACCUUUACGCACUGCGAAGUGUAUGUACCGGCCGUCGUGCGCCCCGGCUCGGACACGGUCGUCGCCGUCUUGCACGUUGUCGCGACCUUGCAAGACAAGUACCCGAUCGCGCCAAUGUACCCGCCGUUGCCCGCGAGCCCCCGUCCAAGGCCGUCGGCGCCAAGCACGCCUCGACAAGACACGCAGACCCAUCACGACGACAAUGCGCCCACAACGACGGUAGCAUGCACGUGUGUGGCGACACUGGCCACCGAGAAGCGACUCCUCGCGGAGAAGCAGCGCGAGCUGCAGGCCACGCACCACCGACGCAUGGAAGCCCUUGAAGCCGAGUGGGCGAGUCGCGAGAAAGAUCGCGUCCAGACGGUCCGCGCCGCGCAGCACGAGUACAUGGCCCUUGAGACCGAGUUGCGCAAAACGCUAGCCGAGCUGGAGCAGCGUGAACGACGCCUCGCACACGCCGAAGAGUCGGCGCGGCUCCAGAGCGAGCUCCUGAAGCAAGAGACCGAGGCCAACGAGCGUCGGGUGAAGCGAGAGACGUCGGCGACGCUGCAGAGCAUGGAGGCGCAGCUCGAGCGAGUGCAAAUCGAGUUGCGGGCGAUGCAAGGUCGGGCCGAGCGGGCCGAAGCGCGCGCCACCUCGCUGGAGCAAGACAUGUCGACCGUCCGCGCCGAGCUGCGCAAGAGCCCCGAGCACGCCCUUCGGCAAGAGGUCGUGCGCUGUGAAGCGACAAUCGCGGCCCUCGAGAAGCGGAUCCACGACAUGGACCUCGAAAAAGCCAAGGCAGACGCGACGCAAAUGGAGCUCAUCGCGCAGGUGGAGCGACUGUCGCUUCUGCUGCAGCGCGAGAAGCGCAAGCAAGAAGACGAGAAAGCAAGUGAAAUCGAUAAGCUCCGGCUCAAGUACCGGGCGCGCGAGGAGCGGUUCGUCUUGGACGGCGACCGCGAAGAGCUCCGAGCGAUCAAGAAGCAGCUCGAUAUGCUCCGAGAGGUGAGCGGGCGCGAUGUCCAUCCCGAGGCGACGCGCCUGGAGCGAGAGAAAGACGACCUGAUGCAGCGCGGCGGGUACGCCGCCGACAGCCCCGUCAUCGUCGAGCUAAACCGGCGCAUCGUCGCGGCUCGAAACACGGGUCUUCGACCGUAG